AAAAAAAUGAAUAAAAUUUUGCUUGAUAAAGUCAAACAUUGAAAUAUUUAAUUGUCUAUCGAGCUUUCACUGCUUCAUUUCUGCAUUGGAGACAAUUUGAAACAAUUGUUUGAUUUUACAAGUUGUCUUUUAUGGUUCAUUAAGGAAACAAACAAAUUCCAAAAAAGUACAGAGAUAUAACAGCGAAAGUAUAAAAGUAAAAAGUAAAGACAACAUUAAGCGACUCCACUUAUGAUGGACGACACAUCAUUUUUUAUUCAAGGUUCAUUAAAUUUCCAGUUUUUAUCGGUUUGUCACUAUAUUAACACUCUUGGACUUAUAUUUCACAACGAAAACCUAACUACAUUAGAUGAGCGACAGCAAACAGUGUCUGUCCUCAAUGCUCUAUUUCAAUAUCUUGAUAAUUCCAAUAAUGAAUUUGAGGCAAAACUUGAGCUUUUAAAAACUAUAUUGAAAGGAACUGAUCUCUAUGGAGGCGAAAAAUAUGAACGACUUGAUCCAAAUUACGUUGAUGAAACAUUUCAGUACAUCAUUAAAACUACCCUGUUUUCACAUUAUGAAAAUAUAAAUAUGUAUUUAUCAGGAAUAAUCAAUAUGGAAUCUCCUGAAACUUAUUCCGGAAUUAUACAAUUUAUAGAAAAGAAGUUCAAUGAGGAAUACAUCAGUAAUGACUACUGUUUACCAGCAAAAGAAAGUCCAAUACUUAAUUUACUGUCAAGAAAAAAAGUAUUUUUGGACUAUAUUUUACCCAUGUUUCCUAAGCCGUCCGAUGAAAAUAUGAAAAUUACUGACAAUGAUUAUAUAUACGCAAUGGCUGGGUCAAAAAUUGUUAGAUAUAUAUUCAAAGAAACACUACACGCUUCUUUUAGAGAUUACGUUUUUAUUACUCAAAUAUUAUAUUUGCAGGAGUAUUUCAAAGAAAAAACCUAUCAAAUCCUGUUUGUACUUUUCUCAACACCAGCAUUAUUUUUCUACGAAAAAUAUAAAAAUUCUCGUACAGAGAAAUUUUUGAAUGUAGAAGAUAAAAAAUUGUCUUCAUAUCUUCAUCUAACAAUGGAUAAAAUACAUGAAACUCCUGUAAAUCAACUACAAAUAAUAGAUCCUGUAUUUGAAUUAACUAUCCGCCUAAGCUUGUUUGGUCACCAAACAUUUUACAAGCCGUUUUCCUUUAUGCUUCACAUAAUUCCAAACGAUUCUAUGUGUGGAAAUCUCAAAAUGCUAUUAUCAUCCAUGGUAAAGAAACUAAAAACAUUUAUGGAAGUGCCAACAACAUUUAAUGGACUGAUACAAAAUGUUAUUGGUGAAAGGCAUACUUUUAAAAUCGUUCAAUACUAUUAUCCCACAAGUAAUAACUUUUUUGGACCCAAAUGCUUUAUAUUUUCUGGACAUCAUAAUGCAGAACUAAGAACAAUUGAAGGCAAUCCAUUUCCAGUUCCAGUAUUGCCAAUAAAUUAUGGGGUAAACAAAAUUUAUUAUCUUGAAUAUUUACCCUUAAGUAAGAAAAUUGGUGAGGUGAAGCUGGAAAUUGGAAAAGAUGAUAUUCUCCGAAAAAUAAUACCUAUAACUACAAGUAACGAGUACGAGACACCGAUAAAGAAGAUGAAACCAAAUCCGACAGAAAAUUUUAAUGCACCUAUUGAAGAACCAAAUUUGUCUUUUGUCGAUAAUCAAGAUACACACAGAGAACUUAAUAUAAGAGGAGGAUUACCAAGUGAUAAUAUUCCUGGAUCAUCAAAAGCAGUACUGAUGAAGGAUAAUAAUGAUGAUAUUCAAAAGAAUGAUAAUAAUAAUGGUAAUGAUAAUACUGAUCAAGAGCAACUUAGUGAUGAAAAUUUGUAUUAUAUUUAUAAAGUUAAGAAAAGAAGAAAACAAAGAAUGCUUUGAGGCAUUACAACAAUUUAAGAAGAAAGGGUUAUACGCAUUAAAAGAAGAUAAAAUUUUGUUGAAAAAGAUUCGAUUAACGGUUGAGUACUUAUCUAUUUUGCAAUAUGAUAGAAUUGAGAAUCAAGGAAGAAAAGAACUGUGGUUUUAUAAAAUAUUUCCCCUCAAUAGGGGCAGAGAGGAAUUGAGAGUAAGCACGUAAUGCAAAUCGCGCUUUUCUAUUAAAAUCUGCCCCCUCGCGGUCAAAAUAUCGAAGCUUAGGUGGUUAGCUAUAUAUAUUGCUUAAAUCGGUGAGGCUACACACAUACGCAUAAUGUAAUGGCUAAGACGAAUGACGUUCGGAAUUGAUCGGGCGGGCUCGUGUAUCUUUGCGUGAAUUAGAGAAACAAACUGAAAACGAACCGUGCGGGCCUCAUCCAAUGUUUUGACUUUUUUUCAGAUUUCAUUAUCGGCCAAUAUUUUUAAGGUUAAAUUUUUAUUAAAUUUAGAAUUAUAAAUGUUCUCUCGUCGAAUAUAUACUUCAAUAAAUACGGAAUUCUUUUACGAUAAAUCUUAUAAUAAUUAUUAUAAAUUUUUAAUUAAAAUUUUUUUUCUUAAACAUAUGGGUGAUUUCAAGUGUGAUUUCAUUCGAACCUUUAAUUUCAGUAAAAACUAAUUUUUUCUUGUUCUGUAGUAAAAAAAAUAGAUCCUUUUUUAUGCAAUUUUUCGAGUUAUAAAUUUUCAGAAAAAAAAUGAAUUUCUUUCAUUUUCGCCAAGAGAAGAAAAGUUUCAGUUUUUCUUUUACUUUUCAAUAAUGUUAACAAAAAAUUUUUUUUUUAUUUUUUAUUAAAAAAUAUAAUUAUUUAUAAAGAAAUUAAGUUUUUUUAAAUUUGGAUAUGAUUUAAAAAAAAAAAAUUUUUUAAACAUACCUGGAAAUACUAAGAUUUUGCAAAAAAAAUUAGAGAGGCGGUAAGUUUUAUAGGUUUAAAUAAACAUUUAAACACUGCGCGCAGCAUUGUGCUUAUUUCUGAAAAUUAAAAAAAAAUUGUUAAAUUGUUAAAAAAAAUUUUUUAUUUUUCAUAGUGAAAUAAAAUUUCAGGUUACAAAAAAAUUUUUUUUUAUAAUUUUUAACAAUUUUUUUUACUACUCAGAAAUGUGCACAAUGCUGCGCGGAUGGUAUAUAUUUAAAUGUUUAUUUUAACCUAUAAAACUUAUUAACCCACUCUAAAUUUUUUGCUAAAUCUUCUUAUUAUUUCCAGGUAUGUUUUAAAAAAAAUCACAUCUAAAUUAAAAAAACUUAAUUUGUUUAUAAAAAAUUGUAAUUUUUUAAAUAAAAAAUGAAACAAAUUUUUUGUUAACAUUAUUAAAAAAAAUUGAAAAAAUCUAAUUUUUUCGAGUUAUCAGCGAUUAAAAAUAGGUCUACAUUUACAAAAAUGAAAUUUUGAAAAUACAUAUACAUCUCGAAAAGUUGAACAAGAAGAAAAAAUAUAUGGCCGAAUUUAAAGUGUCCAAUGAAAUCUCACGUUAAAUCACCCAUAUAUAAAAGUUAAUGAUUUUUUUUAACAGAAAAAAAUAUAUUAAUAACCACUGUAAAAUAAAAUUAUUAUUGAUAAAUUGUUUAAAAUUAUAAUUUUUAUAAAUAUCUUUAUUUAUUUAAUUUAGUUAAAACAUAAAUAAUAAUGUGAAAGUAAACACAAUAGAAAAUUCGAUACAAAUUAAUAUUGUAUUAAAUUGUAGGUAAUUUUAAUAGGUACUGACAACAAUGUUUACAUUUUAAUUUUAAAGAAUAUUCUCAUUUUAUUUAAAAUUAACUCAUUUUUUUAUUUGGACAAGCCAACGUAAAAGUUACUUUCAAAAUUUAAUUUCGGGUUGAUAUAUUUGCUAUUUUUUAUUAUUAAAAAAUAUCAUAUAGGUACUUACAUAUUUUUUAUUUUCAAAUUUUAUAAAUUUUGGUUUUGUAAAUACACAUUUAUGUAGGUAUUUUAAAUUGCUUAUAUCUUUUAAAAAAAUUCAAUUUAGAAAAAUUUUGUCAAAAGAUUAAUUUUUCUUUAACUUCAAAAAAAAAAAUAUAUAUAUAUUAUAAAAAUUGUAUAGAUAUAAGUUUUUAAAUAAAAAAAUUGUUCUUAUUAAUAAAUUAAUUAUUUUUACAUAUGGGUCGAUAAAAGAAUUAAUAAUUAUUAAAACACAAAAAAUUAUAAUUAUAAAAAUUAUAUUAUAAAAUUUAUAAUUAUAAUAAAUUAAUAAAAAAAAAUAAAUAACAAUCAAAAUAUAAACCGAGAUAUAAACUAUUUUUCCGGCCCCAAUGUAAAAAGAAUUAAGUAAUUAAUUUACAAAAACAAUUUUUCUGAUUUAAAAAAACCUAUAAAAUAUUUUUUAAAAUUGAUUAUUUUAUUUAUUUUUUUAAGUUAAAAAAACUAAUCUCUUGACAAAAUGUUUUUAAAUUUAAUAUUUUAAAAAAUAUAAGCUACUUAUAAUGUGUAAAGAUUUACAAAUCGAAAAUUUAAAAAAUUUGAAAGUUUAAUGUAAGAAAAUGAUAUUUUUUAUACACUAUUAAAUAGACAACAAAAAUUGGCUCAAUUUUAAAUAAAAUGAGAACAUUCUUAAAAAUUAAAUUGUAAACAUUGUUGUCAGUAUUAAAAUUUUUAAAUUCUAAAAUAUGUUAUUUUAUUAUAAUAUUACAAAGAAUAUUACUUUUCAAAAAUUUUUACGGCAAAAUAAUAAAAAGAAUUUGAUUAUUAUUUAUUAUUACAUUAUUAUUUAUGAUCUAACUGAAUUAAAUAAAUAAAGAUAAUAUUUAUAAAAAUUAUAAUUUUAAACAAUUUAUCAAUAAUAAUUUUAUUUUACAGCGGUUAUUAAAUAUUUGUUUCAUUUUAAAUUAAUUAUUAUAAAUUAAUAAUUAUUAUAAGAUUUAUCGAAAAAGAAUUCCGUAUUUAUUGAAGUAUAUUUUCGACGAGAGAACAUUUAUAAUUCUAAAUUUAAUAAAAAUUUAACCUUAAAAAUAUUGGCCGAUAAUGAAAUCUGAAAAAAAGUCAAAACCGAGGUCAAAACAUUGGAUGAGGCCCGCACGGUUCGUUUUCAGUUUGUUUCUCUAAUUCACGCAAAGAUACACGAGCCCGCCCGAUCAAUUCCGAACGUCAUUCGUCUUAGCCAUUACAUUAUGCGUAUGUGUGUAGCCUCACCGAUUUAAGGAAUAUAUAUAGCUAACCACCUAAGCUUCGAUAUUUUGACCGCGAGGGGGCAGAUUUUAAUAGAAAAGCGCGAUUUGCAUUACGUGCUUACUCUCAAUUCCUCUCUGAUAGGGGUAUGAAAACCAUAAUUAUGAAUCUAAAAAAAAUGGAAUUUUAUUUUAAUGAUAUUACCCUUUUGACUGAAAAUUCAGUGAACAUGAAAUUUUCAACAAAUGAGUCAUUUACUAUAACAUCUAAAAUAGAAGUAUUCUGUCGAGUGCAUGCUGAUUUGAAAUAUGGAUUAGUCGAUCUUGGUGCAUUUCAUUAUAGUUUUUCAAAUCAGUACAUUUUAUUUCCGGAUGUCAACUUUCAAGUAAACCAACUUAUAUACGAUAAUCGUAACCAUACAUUAACUUUGAAUCUAAAACAAAAGCCAAUACAAAAAGAGGAAUGGUUGAAAAUUAGAGAAACGGAAUGGUUGUCACUUAAUAAUGAAAUAAUACAAAAUAAAAGAAGCGAAAGUAUUGAGAAUUUAGCCUACGAAAUAUCUUCAAACACAAUUCUACGUAGAUUUAAAGAAAUGAAAGAAAAAUUGGAAGGAUAUAUUUUAAGAAUCAGUGAAAUUAAAAGCACUACUCCUACUUAUGCUGACUUUGCAACAGAUAUUAUAUUAGGUAACAAUCUAUUAUUAUUAUUAUUUAUUUUGUCUGCAAAUUCCAAGAAUUUAUACAAAAGUAGUUUCAUCUUAUCUAAUACAAUUUUUGCUUAAAAUUAGGAUACAGUCUAAAUAAAUAUGACAAUUGAAAAUUAGAAAAUAACAAUUUUAAUAAAGAUUUGCUAUUUCAUAAAUCAUUAUACAAGGUUAAUGAUUUAGAAUCAGCUAAGAAAAUAAUUAACAAUGCAUUUGAUGGUGCGAUCCCACAAGAUGUUGAACCUAUAUUUUCAAUGUAUCAAAAUACGGAUAAUAUUGAGAGUCAAAUCCAAUUUGAGGACUACUACGUCAUCUAUUCAUAUCUUAAUAAUCCUUUUACAUUUGAUGAAAAAGCAUUAAGACGACUUGAAAUCUCAAUACACAAACUAGCUAUAAGACAGUGUGCAGAAGAAUUGACAGUAAAUCAACCAAUUACCCUUUACACUACUGCUUUCCAUUUAUCUAACUUUAAACAUCACCUAAAACUACAUAAAAUAGCUCUAUUUUAUAUGAAUCCCGAAAAUGCGGUACAAAGUAGGUCACGCAUUUAUUCUCUUCAAUCAGUAUUGUUUGAACUAAAAAGUAGCAACCACGAUGGAAUAGCAGACAUUGGUCGUAUUAUACAAAAUAAAAAGGGAUUAUACUUUAUUCCCGCUAUAAUACCACUUAUUCAGAAAGGAUCGGUUGGUUUUCUAACUAUUAAUGAAAAAAUAAUGAACCUUCGGCAGUAUCAGAUUGAUGGAGAAAAAGAAUCAAUAAUGAUUUAUUUCAUGAAAAUGCUAAAUUAUCUACAAUCAUAGAAUACUAAAUUUUAAGUUAAUAAUGUCUAAAUGAUUAAUUUAUAUUACACUAUAUUCAACAUAUAUAUAAAGUUUAGUUUAUAUAAAAACUCUACAACAAUUUUUAGUUUACAUUAAAGAGUAUUUAAUCCACCAAAGCAGCACUUACACUUUUGGAGCUAAAUAUUAACUAUUGAUAUUAAUGUAAUAAUAGUAAAACAUUGUUUAAAAUUAUUAUAAAAAUAAAACUUAUUUAGAUAAGAAAAUUAGUCAAUUUGAAAUAAAUUUUGCGUUUAAAUUA